AUGUCUAAAAUUGGAAGCAGUGGCCCCGAACUCCGAGGAUCCAACAUCACGUUGGGUAAGAUCAUGGCAAAAACCGACACAAGCCAUCGCCAAACCAAGGUCAUUUGUACUCUUGGACCUGCCUGCUGGGAUGUUCCCAUGUUGGAGACUUUGAUCGAUGAGGGUCUCAGUAUUGCCCGAUUCAACUUUUCUCACGGAGACCACGAAGGACACAAGGCCUGCCUUGACCGUCUCCGUCAGGCAUCCUCCAACAAGAAGAAGCAUGUUGCUGUUCUUUUGGAUACCAAAGGACCCGAAAUUCGCUCUGGAUUCUUUGCCAACGGUGCCAAGAAGAUUGACUUGACAAAAGGACAAACUCUCACCCUUACCACCGACUAUGCCUUUAAGGGAGAUUCCACCAAGUUGGCGUGCUCUUACCCAUCUCUCCCUACCUCUGUCACCCCCGGUCAAUCCAUCCUUGUUGCUGAUGGAUCCCUUGUUUUGACAGUUUUGUCUUGCGACAAUGCUGCCGGAGAGGUCCAAACCAGAGUGGAAAACACCUGCUCCAUCGGAGAGCGAAAGAACAUGAACUUGCCAGGAGUUGUUGUUGACUUGCCAACCCUUACUGAAAAGGAUAUCAGCGAUAUUAAGGAAUGGGGUAUUCCCAACGGAAUUGAUUUCAUUGCUGCCAGUUUUGUCCGUAAGGCCAGCGAUGUCCUCAAGAUUCGUGAAAUCUUGGGAGAAGAGAACCAAGCCAUCAAGAUCAUCUGUAAGAUCGAGAACCAAGAGGGACUUGAGAACUACGAUGAAAUCCUUGAGGUCACUGAUGGUAUCAUGGUUGCCCGUGGUGAUCUUGGUAUGGAAAUCCCUCCCGAGAAGGUCUUCCUUGCCCAAAAGAUGAUGAUCCGUAAGGCCAACAUUGCUGGAAAGCCUGUUGUCACCGCAACUCAGAUGUUGGAGUCUAUGAUCCAAAAUCCUCGUCCCACCCGUGCCGAAUGUUCUGAUGUUGCCAAUGCUGUCUUGGAUGGAACUGAUGCCGUCAUGCUUUCUGGAGAAACCGCCAACGGAGAACACCCACAAGCUGCCGUCAAGAUCAUGGCCGAAACUUGCUGCGAAGCCGAAUCUGCAAUCAACUUUGACUCUCUAUACCAAGCUGUCAGAAACUCGUCGUUGAACCGUUACGGACAUUUGAGCACUUCCGAAUCUAUUGCCUCGUCUGCUGUCAAGACCGCCAUUGAUAUCAACGCCAAGGCUAUCAUUGUCUGCUCUGAAUCUGGAGCCACCGCUCAACAAAUUGCCAAGUUCCGCUCUGGCAGACACGUCACUGUUCUUACCAGCUCCGAGCGUGUGGCCCGUCAAGCUUAUGGUCUCAUGAAGGGAUGCGAAGCCCAGGUUUUGAAGUCCCUCGAAGAGACUGACUUGGUCGUCAACGAAACCGUUGAGGGAUUCCGAACCCGUGGAAUUGCCAACGCUGGAGAACCAGUUGUCGUCGUUCACGGACACAGUGCCCGUGCUGGAGCCACCAACACCAUGAGAAUCCAAUACGCCUAA